UUUUAUUACCGACGAUAGGUGGAGUUAAAGUAUGACAGAUAUCCGGCCACGUUAAUAAUUAUUGUCAGCAAGAAAACAAAAGCAGAAAAUUAUACUUAUAUCUUGGUAUUUUUUCAGUUUACAUUAAUAUCAUUAAAAGACAAGAUGUCGCUUGCAGACCAAGCUUGUUACACGUUGAUUAACGUGCCUAUGGACGCAGAACCUCCAACUGAAAUGCAGUUAAAACAGGACUUAGAAAAGGGCGAUAUAAAAUCCAAGAUUGAAGCUUUAAAGAAAACUAUCCAAAUGAUUUUAAAUGGCGAAAAGAUGCCAUCCUUACUGAUGACAAUCAUACGUUUUGUGAUGCCCAUGCAGGACCAUAUGAUCAAAAAACUCUUGUUGGUUUUCUGGGAAGUUGUACCAAAAACAUUACCAGAUGGCAAACUCAUGCAAGAAAUGAUUCUUGUUUGUGAUGCCUACAGAAAGGAUUUGCAGCAUCCCAAUGAAUUCAUUCGUGGAUCAACUCUGCGUUUUUUGUGUAAAAUUAAAGAACCUGAACUAUUAGAACCAUUGAUGCCGGCUAUUAGACAAUGUCUAGAACACAGGCAUUCAUAUGUCAGAAGAAAUGCUGUACUUGCUAUUUAUACUAUCUACAGAAAUCAUGAUUUUCUGAUCCCAGAUGCCCCUGAACUAAUUGCUAAUUUUCUUGAAGGGGAACAAGACAUGUCAUGUAAAAGAAAUGCUUUCAUGAUGUUAAUACAUGCUGAUCAGGACCGAGCUUUGAACUACUUAAGUAGCUGUAUUGAUCAAGUGACAUCAUUUGGCGAUAUUUUACAAUUAGUAAUUGUUGAAUUGAUAUAUAAGGUGUGCCAUACCAACCCAUCAGAACGUGCUAGAUUUAUUCGUUGUAUUUAUAAUUUAUUAAACUCAUCAAGUCCCGCUGUAAGAUAUGAAGCUGCUGGUACAUUAGUAACACUGUCUAGUGCUCCAACAGCUAUAAAGGCUGCUGCUACAUGUUAUAUUGAGCUUAUUGUUAAAGAGAGUGAUAAUAAUGUUAAACUUAUCGUACUAGAUAGACUUAUAGCAUUAAAAGAAGUUCCAGCUCAUGAGAAAGUAUUACAGGAAUUAGUGAUGGAUAUAUUAAGAGUAUUAGCUGCUCCAGAUCUUGAAGUGAGAAAGAAAACUUUACAGUUGGCUCUAGAACUCAUUACAUCUAGAAGUAUUGAAGAGAUGGUACUUAUCCUAAAGAAAGAAGUGGUUAAGACUAAUAAUGUUGAACAUGAAGAUACAGGAAAAUAUCGUCAACUAUUGGUCCGUACAUUACAUCAGUGUAGUGUUAAGUUCCCUGAUGUAGCUACAUCUAUAAUACCUGUUUUGAUGGAGUUUUUAGGAGAUCAGAAUGAAUUAGCAGCAGCCGAUGUAUUGGUUUUUAUUAGAGAAGCUGUACAGAGAUUUGAACAACUAAGAAAUUUAGUUAUGGCUAAACUGUUGGAAGUUUUCCCUACGAUCAAAGCUGUCAAGAUUCAUCGAGCAGCAUUAUGGAUAUUGGGUGAAUAUUGUACUUCCGGUGAAGAUAUCCAGAGUGUUAUGACAUUAAUCAGACAAUCUUUAGGGGAGAUACCCAUCGUUGAUGAUGAGAUGAAGAAAGCUGCUGGUGAAGUUCAAGAUGAAGAAAUUCAGUCUGGUGGUGCUGUUCAACGCCUUGUUACAGCUGAUGGAACCUAUGCUACACAGAGUGCUUUCAGUACAGCUUCAACACGUAAAAAAGAUGAUGUACCUCCACUACGACAGUAUUUAAUGGAGGGGGAUUUCUUUGUUGGUGCAGCUCUAUCUACAACCCUGACUAAACUGGCUCUUAGAUAUAUCAGUCUUCAUAAAAAUCCCAAAACACAGAAUGCAUUCGUGGCCGAGUCUAUGUUGAUUAUGGCAACUAUAAUACAUUUGGGAAAAUCUGGUUUACCAGCUAAGCCUAUUACUGAUGAUGAUGUAGAUCGUAUUGCUAACUGUAUUCGGGUUCUGGCUGAAAGAACUGACUUAAUGAAUGAAAUAUUUAAUAAAGAAUGUCGUGGAUCUCUGUCUUUGAUGUUGGCCGCUAAAAUAGAGGAGGAAAAAGCUGUGCAAGAAGCAUCUGAAAAUAAAGUAGUACGAGUACAUGCUGAUGAUCCAAUAUCUUUUACUCAACUGAUAAACAGAGCUGAUCUUGGUACAGGAGAGAACUUAUUUGAGCUGACCAUGUCCCAGGCUCUUGGUAUGAAUACUAAAAAGGAAACAGAUCCAAUGGGAUCAUCUAAACUGAAUAAGGUUACACAGUUGACAGGUUUCUCGGAUCCUGUGUAUGCUGAAGCUUAUGUUAAUGUAAAUCAGUAUGAUAUUGUACUGGAUGUAUUGAUAGUUAACCAAACAUCAGAUACCUUACAGAAUCUUACAUUAGAACUUGCUACACUUGGUGAUCUGAAAUUAGUUGAGAAACCACAACCACUGACAAUGGCACCUCAUGAUUUCUGUAAUAUUAAAGCAAAUGUGAAAGUAGCUUCAACUGAAAAUGGAAUCAUUUUUGGCAACAUAGUGUAUGAUGUAAGUGGAGCUGCAAGUGAUCGUAACUGUGUAGUUCUCAAUGAUAUACAUAUAGAUAUCAUGGAUUAUAUUGUACCAGCAUCAUGCACAGAUACAGAAUUUAGACAGAUGUGGGCUGAGUUUGAGUGGGAGAAUAAAGUAGCAGUUAAUACGAACAUCACAGACCUACCAGAAUAUUUACAGCACCUCAUGAAAUGUACCAAUAUGAAAUGUUUAACUCCAGAAAAGGCUUUGUCAGGAGAUUGUGGAUUUAUGGCUGCUAACAUGUAUGCUAGAUCUAUUUUUGGAGAAGAUGUUCUGUCUAACAUUAGUAUUGAAAAACCUGCUCACCUUGGAAAAGAUGCUUCAGUUCAAGGUCACAUCAGAAUAAGAGCCAAAAGUCAGGGUAUGGCUUUGAGUAUGGGUGAUAAAAUUAAUCUCUCACAAAAGAAGAGUCUUCGACCAGGAGGAGCUUAAAUACAACACAUUACAAAAAAAACCCCAGAUUAUUAUUUUGUUUUCUCUUCUUGGUUAUUACAACAUUGCUAUUGUAAAUAUUUAUCUCAAAUUAUUAAUGAUACGGCCUACACAAAAUAAAAUUAAUAGCAUGACUGGUAUCACUUCAUUAUUUCCUAUCAUUACACAUGAUUAUUUGAAAUGUAUAAAGAAACCGCUAAUAAUGUUUUAAUUAACAAUUAUCAUUGUGACAUUCCUAUUCAUUUAUUUAUUUUAUGUAAAAAAAUGUUUACAUAGGAAUUGGUAUAAAUUCGUAUAGAAAUACUUUAUUCUUCAUAUUGUAAAACAGUUGUAGCUAUUGUUCUCAUCUUUAUAUCAUCAAAUUAGAUAAAGAUAAAUAUUUGAUAAUUGUUCCAGAGCCUUUCAAAUUAGCUUAUCUUCUGUUAUUGUGGUUCAAUUCAUAAUAUUGUGUAUCACUAACAAAGCAGUAAAUGCUUGAAACCAUA